AUGGCAUUCCGUCUAUAUAAAAGACAACAAGACGGGAUCAAAAGACCAAUCUAUCACAAUGGCCGAGACCGAGCAGCGUCGGCUCGCGUAUUGGCUGGAGCAGCUCGAGGGAAGCCAGCCCGCCGAGCUGCUCUGCUACAAGCCCGGUCGGCCAUCCCCUCUGGCAAGGCGCAGGUCCACCACUUCGCCCUCGAUGACCAGCUUUACAAGGAGCCCCAGGCCUUCUGCCAGACACACCAGGCCACUCCCUUUGUGGUGCUCCUUGCCGCUUUCAGGGCGACGCACUACCGCCUCACCGGUGUCGACGAUGCCACCAUUGCUACACCCAUCCACAGCAACACCAACCUCCUAUGCGUUCGCACCACCGUCGAGUUAGAGGACUCGUUCCAUGCUCUUGUCCAGCGUGUCCAGCAAACCAACAGCGCGGCCUCUAGCAACCAGGAUGUCGCCUUCCAGAAGAUCGUGUCGGAGCUGCGUCCUGGGGCCGCCGACCGCUCCCGGCUCGAUGGUGCGGCUACCGAAAUCUUCGGCCGUGGCCUCAAGACACCCGAGGCCCUCGUCUCAACACUGCCUCUUACCCAAGGUCUCUCAGCACUGGCCGAUAUGGGCCUCACAGAUGUUGCGGGCACGGAUUACCUACGCGACUCCAGCGUCGUCGAGCUCUUCCGGAGAGAGGUCUCUCUCAGCCCCAGCGCCGUUACCGUCAAGAACGCAUACUCGUCUUCUCAGCUCACGUACGCGGAGCUGGAACGGCAAUCGGACCAGCUCGCCCCAGAGACCAUGGUCGCGGUGCUGGCGCCACGGUCGUGCGAGACGAUUGUGGCCCUGUUGGCCAUUCUCAAGGCCAAUCUGGCCUAUUUGCCUCUCGACGUCAACGUUCCCGUUGGCCCCCUCGAGAGCAUCCUCUCCGCGCGCGAGGCCGUGCGGUCCUGCAUGCUCACGCCUGCUCUCCUCAAGCAGUGCCUUGCCAGCGCGCCAUCUGCUCUCUCCAGCCUGGAACUACUCUUCGCUGCCGGAGACCGCCUCGACCCACGCGAUGCUGCCCAGGCCAAGGGAAUCAUCGAGGGUGACCUCGUCAACGGCUACGGUCCCACCGAAAAUACCACCUUCAGCGCCAUCUACAAGGUCCCGGCCAACCAGAAGUGUGUCAACGGCAUGCCCAUCGCCGUGGCCAUCAGCAACUCGGGUGCCUUCAUCAUGGACCCGCAGCAGCGCCUCGUGCCUCCUGGCGUCAUGGGGCGAGCUGGCGGAGCUUGUUAG